UUCUUCUUAUUUCUGUCGCUCUCUCACAAUUCUUCCGCCGAAACUGGGUUAAAAACUUGGGUUAUUGAUGAACAAGAAGUGAUCAACAGGGAAGACAUGAUUAAUAGUGAAAUAGAAGAAUCAUGUAUUAGUGAUGUCUGGAAUUUUUGAAGUUUUAGAGUUUCAUUGGAUGCGGCGAAGAUGAAGCACAAAUCGAGGAUGAAAAAAAUCAGAAUCCAUCUGAAAUAUGGUGAUGAAUGGUGAAGAUUGAUGAUUAUAAAGAGUUCCAGUGGUUUUAGUUGAAAUGGAUUCACAGAAAAAUCUGUUGAGGAAGUGCUGGUGUUCUUGUUGUUUCAAUGUUUGUGCAUGAUUAGGAUUUCGGGUUGUUACUGUGUUUCAAUGUUGUCGAAAUAUGAAAUUACUGCAAGGUGUUUGUGAAAAAGCCUGACUUUGCAGUUCCUUAGCUAAACUAAGUUCUGUGGUUCUUGGAAAUUGAGGAACUGUAGAAGUGGGAUGAGUAAAUGGAAGAUCGGUCUUUGAAUUGAUUUACAGGGAUAAAAUACUUGGAAGAAAAUUUGGAGUUGCUGUGAGGAUAUAUAAUGCAGACAAAGAACAAUUAUGGGUACGAAACGGUUGAUGUUUUGGCUGAGAGAUUUGUCCGAGAAAAUUCUAAGGGAUAGUUGAUGGUUUGUCAUUGAGUUUAUGUUCAUGGCUAGAAGAAUUGGGUUUCAAUUUGGUUUGGAAUUCUAGUGAAUUGUCAGGACAUUUGGAAACAAUUUCAAAGUAAAGAUGGGGAAGUGACCGGAUGCGUAUGAAUGUUUGGGAUUACAUUGAGCUUGGAAGAAUGGGAUUUACCUGGUAAAACCAAACCAUUCUCACCUCAUGUUUUCAUAUUGUUUAGGAGAUUGAGUUUGUGUGAGAUAUAAAUUCAAUGCAGGGAAGGAUAUAUGGAAAAGUUUACAAAUCAAUCACUCGUACAUCUAUCCCCUGCUUACUAGUUCAGACGCUCAACAUGUAUGUUGAAAUUCGUAAGUGAAGUUCUUUACUUGGUCUGAGUCACUGAGUUGACUCGAAAACGACUCAUAACACUAACUGGACCUAGUCCUUCCAUGUGAGGAGUGUACAUGUCUUUUACCAGGUAGCAUAACUGCCACAUCUGCAAUUAACUUCUGUUACCCGUCGGGACGAAAAAAAUCUAUCUCGGCCGGUUUAUAGAAAGAUUCAAAAAAAAACGGCCAGUUUUUUAAUUGUGUGUCAUAAAGGUGGCUACUUUAAUAAAAAACCCUUCAAAUUUUGUAAUACUGCAUAGGAUAACCUGAAGUCUGUAUCCCGGACAAGUCCCGUAUAUAUAUUACAUAAAGAAGGUAGGUGAUAACCAAACAAACAAAGGGUCUUCAUCGCACGCCUAUGUAUAUAACCAGUUCAAGAAAAUCACGUCAGAUACAAUUCUCCCUUUCUACAUUGAACAAAGACACCUUUCCCUCUCUCUCUAGAUCAUUUAUAGAAACCCUAAUUUUCGGUCUAAAAUUUCCUUUCUAGAUUUUCUCCAUUCGAUUCAUUUCUAAGAGAAAUUUGGGUGGAAGUUUUUGCUCUAUAAAAAAAGUGUGUUGAGAAUUGCUGUAUGUCAGUAGUUGAUUGCACUGAGAAUUGUUAUCACGGUGGAAUCGGUGUUGUUAAGAAUCCAUUACAAUGGCCACAAUUAAGAAAGAAAAGACGCCAUCUUCUUCGUUUUGCUGUAAAAAUGGUGGUUCCAUUCAAAGAGAGAUAACUUCAUCUGCUUCUGUUGUUGAAGUACCUAAUACCAAUGAUCCAAAGAAAAACAGCAGACCUUCUGUUUCAACUACUAUGGAGACUGUAAUUCGUUCUGUUGAUUCCCUUCCUGAAACUUCUACUAAUACUUCCAUCAAAGGUAUUCAGAUCAUGAUGAGGGCUCAAAGUAGUCACCCAUUGGAUCCUUUAUCAGGUGCUGAAAUUUCAGUAGCAGUGGGGACUGUUAGAGCUGCUGGAGCCACUCCUGAGGUUAGAGAUAGUAUGCGGUUUGUUGAAGUGGUCUUGUUGGAACCAGAUAAACAAGUUGUUGCAUUAGCAGAUGCAUAUUUCUUUCCUCCUUUUCAGCCAUCUUUACUUCCCAAAACAAAAGGUGGACCUUUUAUUCCUAGUAAACUUCCCCCGAGGAGGGCUAGACUUGUUGUUUACAACAAACGGUCCAAUGAGACAAGUGUAUGGAUUGUUGAGCUAACUGAAGUACAUGCUGCAACUCGUGGUGGUCAUCAUAGGGGAAGAGUCAUCUCCUCAGAAGUGGUUCCAGAUGUUCAGCCCCCCAUGGAUGCGGAGGAAUAUGCUGAAUGUGAAGCUAUUGUUAAGGAUUAUCCUCCGUUUCGGGAGGCAAUGAAAAAGAGGGGUAUCGAAGAUAUGGAUCUUGUGAUGGUUGAUGCCUGGUGUGUUGGAUAUCAUAGUGAACAUGAUGCACCUAGCCACAGACUUGCCAAACCACUUAUUUUUUGCAGAACGGAGAGUGACUGCCCCAUGGAAAAUGGAUAUGCUCGCCCAGUGGAAGGCAUUCAUCUAGUUGUUGAUAUGCAAAAUAUGGUAAUACUUGAGUUUGAAGACCGUAAACUCGUUCCCUUACCUCCUGCUGAUCCGUUGAGAAACUAUACUGCUGGAGAAACUCGAGGAGGAGUUGAUAGAAGCGAUGUGAAGCCUCUACAGAUUAUCCAGCCUGAAGGUCCAAGCUUUCGGGUCAGCGGACACUUUGUAGAAUGGCAAAAGUGGAAUUUUCGCAUUGGUUUCACACCAAGGGAAGGUCUUGUGAUCCAUUCUGUUGCAUAUAUUGAUGGUAGUCGUGGUCGCAGAGCUGUUGCCCACAGGUUGAGUUUCGUCGAGAUGGUGGUACCUUAUGGAGAUCCUAAUGAACCCCAUUAUAGGAAGAAUGCAUUUGAUGCCGGGGAAGAUGGCCUUGGUAAAAAUGCACAUUCCCUUAAAAAGGGGUGUGAUUGCUUAGGGUAUAUCAAAUAUUUCGAUGCCCACUUUACAAACUUCAGUGGAGGUGUUGAGACAAUUGAAAACUGCGUAUGUUUGCAUGAAGAGGAUCAUGGUAUUUUAUGGAAGCAUCAGGACUGGAGAACAGGGUUAGCUGAAGUUCGGAGGUCCAGACGUCUGACAGUAUCCUUUAUAUGUACUGUGGCUAAUUAUGAGUAUGGGUUCUUCUGGCACUUCUAUCAGGAUGGAAAAAUUGAAGCUGAAGUCAAGCUUACUGGAAUUCUUAGCUUAGGAGCUUUGCAGCCUGGGGAAUUCAGAAAAUAUGGUACGACCAUUGCACCAGGAUUAUAUGCUCCAGUGCACCAGCACUUUUUUGUAGCUCGUAUGGAUAUGGCAGUCGACUGCAAACCUGGUGAAAAGCAUAACCAGGUCGUAGAAGUGAACGUUAAAGUUGAAAAACCAGGGCAGAAUAAUGUACACAACAAUGCAUUUUAUGCUGAAGAGGAACUUCUCAGAACAGAACAGCAGGCAAUGCGUGAUUGCAAUCCUCUCUCUGCUCGCCAUUGGAUUAUCAGGAAUACAAGAUCUGUUAACCGGACUGGACAACUUACAGGGUACAAGCUCGUACCUGGCUCUAAUUGUUUGCCAUUAGCUGGUGCAGAGGCAAAGUUCUUGAGAAGAGCUACUUUCUUGCAGCACAAUCUAUGGGUUACAUCCUAUGCACCAGGUGAGAUGUAUCCUGGAGGAGAGUUCCCGAAUCAAAACCCACGUGCUGGUGAGGGUCUGGGAACAUGGAUUAAGCAGAACCGUUCCCUUGAAGAAACUGACAUUGUUCUCUGGUAUGUGUUUGGAAUUACACACAUCCCUCGACUGGAGGAUUGGCCUGUCAUGCCCGUGGAGCACAUCGGUUUCAUGCUUCAGCCACAUGGAUUCUUCAACCGUUCUCCAGCAGUGGAUGUCCCACCUAGUACUUGUGAGUUGGUGGACCUUAAAGAAAAUGGCUCUUCGAAACCAACAAUUCAGAAUGCUGUACUUACAGCAAAACUUUAAAGAGGGCAGAAACAUCUUCUUGGUUGGUCAGUCCACAACAAUGUCGCAUGCAUCUGUGACGAAACCGGCCAAUUAGUUUGUAAGUAGGCUGCAGAAAUUGAGACCUUUAAGAAAGCGUUAUUGAGCAUUCAGAACAUCGAUCAGUUUAAACCUUAUGGAAUUUCAGUUAUUGUUAAUAACGUCACUUGUGAACUCGAGUUAAAUCUAGUUUUCAACAAUAUCAUGAAAGGAUUCCAGUUGGUUUUCCCUAUUUACAAUCCCCACUUUUCCUA